UAUCCCUUCUCUUUCUUGCACAGAGCAGAGUCAGGCUGACACUGAGCACUGAAACACCAUGUAUGAACUCAACGAAAGCAGCUUUGAUCCCAUCACCUUCGUCCUAACGGGCAUCCCGGGUAUGGAGGAGUCCCACAUCUGGAUCUCUGUCCCCUUUUGUCUGAUGUACAUCACUGCAGUGUUUGGCAACUCUGUCCUUCUCUUUGUAAUAAUCACGGACAGGAGCUUCCACGAACCCAUGUACCUCUUCCUCGCUAUGCUGGCUGUUGCUGACCUCAUGCUUUCAACCACAACAGUGCCCAAAAUGCUGGCGAUCUUCUGGUUCAGUGCCAGGGAAAUUUCCUUUGAUGCCUGCAUUACACAGAUGUUCUUCACCCAUUUCAGCUUCAUCGUGGAAUCGUCCGUUCUGCUGGCAAUGGCGUUUGACCGGUACGUAGCUGUCUGCGACCCGCUGCGGUACUCUUCAAUCUUAACCCCCUCAGUGAUUGGGAAAAUAGCCGUGACUGCUGUUGUCCGAGGAUUCUGCAUCAUGUUCCCACCCAUCUUCCUCCUCAAGCGGCUGCCAUACUGUGGACACAACAUCAUGCCCCACACCUACUGUGAGCACAUGGGCAUUGCCCGCCUGGCCUGUGCUGACAUAAAAGCCAACGUCUGGUAUGGGCUGACAACGGCUCUUCUCUCCUCUGGCCUGGAUGUUGUGCUCAUCGCUGUCUCUUAUGCUCUGAUCCUCAGGACAGUCUUUCGGCUCCCGUCCCCAGAGGCUCGUCUCAAAACCCUGAGCACCUGUGGCUCCCACCUCUGUGUGAUCCUCAUGUUCUAUGUGCCUGCCUUUUUCUCCUUUCUCACACAUCGGUUUGGGCACCACAUCCCAAGUCACAUUCACAUCCUCCUGGCCAACCUCUAUGUUGUGGUCCCGCCGAUGCUCAACCCCAUCGUGUAUGGGGUGAGGACAAGGCAGAUCCGGGAGCGCGUCAUCCGCCUCUUGUGCCCCGUGGGGGAGUGCCCCUGCCCUGGCUCAGUGAGCAGGUGCUGAGUGCUGCUGGAGGGAAGGGGGAUGUGGGACAGGGUCUGGAAAGCAGCACCGAGUGCCACAGCAUGCUGUUCUCACCCUGGAGGAACAGAUUUGCCCAAGAAGUUCAAGAGAAGCUGAGAGUGGUGGGAUUUCUGGAAACAUGGGCUUGAGUCAUCAGCUCCUUCAUUGCUACUGGUUUCUCCUAGAGAUGCUUCCCCUGAAUGGUCCAUUAGAGACUGGGCAGAGUUCUGCUGAGGAGUAUCAAGUCUCUUACAUCUCCUGUUUUGCCAUCACCUACUGCUGCUGAUUUUGUUUGCUGUCCUACAACUUUGUUUCUGUUUGUUCCCUCACCUGUUAUCUCAGUGCCUAGACCAUGAAUGCCUUGUUGGUCAUCAGACCAGAGCUGGGUAUAUGAACCAUAGCUGGGUGGGGAAAGUGCUGUUUACCAUGGCACAGAUAAUGGUCUGUCCUUCUGUCUUCAAGGGUACAGCUUGCGUUGCUGAGGGACUCUGGCACCUCUUGCUGCUGAAGGUGCUUACAUGCUAAGAGCCAAGUGUGAGCAUGGCCUAUGGGAAAGGUUUUAUUGUCUUGUGUUUAAGGGAAACAUAUCCCUUAAACCCUGCUGUCCAAAACAGAAUUCAAGCCUCUAGAAUGGAGUGCAAAGGGACAACGGUCUCCUACAUCCUACGCAUCCCAUAGGGAUAUUUUCUGUCUUUGCAAGAACACUGCACUGCUAAGCAGUGCUCAGCAUGAAGUACAUUGCACCUCAAAAUCCUUGUCUGACCAUACGGCUGGCUGAUUGCCCAUCACUUUGUUGCAGUUCAUUUGAUUAAUCCUUCAACACCAAAACAGUUUUGUUGAACUUUU